AAUAACCAACGUUAAAACGAAGUAGUUGUCCACAGUUGUCUGUGUUCGAAAAAGUAGAGUUUCAUCGACCUUUUGAUAUGAGUUCUACGGAAGAAAAUGGAGUUAUGGCCUCAGAGCCGAAGCCGGUAAAAUGCUUUGAUCUUCGUCCGUAUUUCCUUUUGUAACAAGCUUUGAAGCACAGAAUUUGGUAUGUCUUAUUGUGGACUAUAUUUUUUCAGAAUGGCGGAUCUCAUACGGACGCCGCAGAUCGCCCGGAAGUGUGCGAUACUACCUGCGACCAAACAUCCUCGUCAGAUUUACAAACUAAUGGAAAAGCCUUGCAAAGUACGGAUACGACGACAAAAAAGAUUGAAGCCAAGCCAGUAAAAAGCAAUAAGAAGCUUAAAGAAGAGGAGAAAAAGCUUAGUAAGUCUUUGCUUCAUACGUGUCCUAGGAUAUCGCUUUCUAACAACAGUUUUCUGUCUUCGUGCACGAGCUAAUAAGCUUUAACUGUUUUAGUUUCUGCCGUCAUGUUGCGUGAGGCUUAUUGAGAUUGCAUACGAUAAAUGCAUAUAUUUUCAGAGUUGCUUUUUAAGUCUUUUGAGGAUGUGGAUAAUCCAGAAUCAAAACUUGACGCCCUUGGUAGAAAGUACUUACAAUUGGUAAGAACAUUUAUAAUUUUAACUAAAAUUUAACCUCUGCCUUGAAGAUUGUUCAUUUAGCUAGGAUUUUAAAAGCAAAUUAGUUAAUCCGUUUAGCAAACUGACAAGAAAAUAAUUAUACACGAACUGAACAGAAUUAUAAUAAGCUAAUCUAUGCCAAUUGGUUACGUUGCGUCAUGUUUAUAGUCAGAUAAUUUUACCCCCCAGUAGAACGAAAAUAAUAUUCUACGUUACUACUUGGUUCAGUGUCUUAAAUAACGCACAUCAAAAACAGCGAUAAAUAUCAACUAACACAAACGAAGCGUUUCAUCUAAUACAAGUUAUUUGCAUGAUAUUGUAGACUUUUCAUGUCUGUCAUAUUGUCCUGAAGUUUUUCCCUCCCAAGGUCCGGGGUAUGAACAGAACGUUCUGCUUUAAUAUGUUCAAGAGUCUUUUAAAUUUAGCCAACCUUUUAUGCUCAGGAAUGACAGCAAUAUUCUUGGUCAAAUUUACAUAAUGUAUUACUGUUACUUACAUGUACACAUAGAUAUUAUGUCACUACAAAACUCCUCAAGAGUGCACUUUUAGCAGUGUUGAUGCUGACGUUAAUUGAUACAUGUACAAUGUACACCUGACUAAUUAAUAUUAUUAUUCCUCGAGCCCCAAUGGGCGCUGAGUCAAUGUCGGCCCCAUGGGCUAUUGACUCAGAGGCCAUGAGGGCGAGAGGAAUAAUUGUUUUGGUAAAAUCCAACUACGGUAGUCGGUCAAAAAUAUCGAUAAUAAAAAAAUUUUAGCCAGUUAAAGCUAGACUUCAAUCCUUUUUUUGGCGCCAAAAAUCCUGCGCUUUUCGCUACUAGUGGGCUAUACAUGUAACAUAUAGCCUAGUAUUAGCUCAACCAAUCAGAAUGCAGCAUUGUCUGGCAAAUUAGACAUAAACCAUGAAAUACAUGAUCUGAAAUUUUUUUUGAGGGGGGGGGGUGGCGGGGGGAAUACUGUAUUCUCAGUUUUUAAAAUAUUAAAAACCAGCGUUAACCAGCAUUUUCAUCUCUAUACCUUAUUACCCAGAUUUCUGAGAAUGUGUCAACGGCUUUUAAACAUUACCAAGAUGUUCCAGCAACUUCAAAAGAUUCCCAAAGAGCUAGAAGACAUUCCAACAUUACUCCCAAAUGUUGCUAAAGAUGUCAAAAAACUUUAAUGUUAAAUUGUAACUUUUUGGAAAACAUCAUUUUUGCUGUUGUAAGAGAUAGACUUUACUACAAUUUCCUUUAAGUAAAGCAAUUUAUUGUUCUCUUGUAUGAGGACCAGGUUUUGUUUACUGCUGCAGAGAGACAGCCAAAAUUUUAUAUUUGGUGACAUUUAUUUAUCACUGGUGCCACAUGAAGUUGCCAACAAAGCAAUGGAACACUGGCUUUACUAAAGCUCCAAUAAAGUUAAUAUCAUUUAACUUGAAAUUUAUAUGCAUUAUUCCAUUUUCUAAACAUUCAAUGUGGUCAGGAUUUUCAGCUUUUUUGUGAGGCUUCAUAUCUAAAGGAUUUCAUGAUUAUUUGAUAUUAUCUUUUUGUCUAAAAGGUAGCAGAUCAUAGAACCACUGAAGCAAGAAAAGACGAAUUAGAGAAGAGAAUAGAAAAGGUAAACCAGUCACUGUGAUUAACAAUAAAAUUAGCCUCAAAAAUUGAGUAUUGUAUAUAUCAAUACUAGUCAAUGAGGUGUGUAUUGUUGAGGUAGCUAUUAAUUUGACUCUUAACCCUUAGCCCUAAGAGUGAUCAGCAUCAAAUUUCUCCUUGUAAAAUCAAUGCUUUGUGAAACAGAGUGGUCAUGAGAAUUAUGGACAUGAUCACACAAGAUGAAUUUGCUUGAUAUUUUAUCAACUUCUCCCCUCUACUUCUGUAGAAAAUGAAUAGGGGCAACAAAUGAGAAUUCAAAUUUUGAACUUAGGGUUUAAAGGGUUAAGCCCUGUUCACACUACAACAAAAACUAGAGUUACUUUGGUGUUCGCAAAAAAAUUUGAAAUUUUUGUAAUCACCAAUGUUUCAUUUUUGCAAACUUGUUUGCAUCAUGAUCAGAGACACAAGAAAUUUUUCGUGUAACCAGCAACUUUAAUUCAAGGGACUUGGUCAUGUUUACAAAAUUAGAUGACCCAGUGAAGGACAGCUGUCAAGAAACAAAGAAUUUUGUCACUUGACAAAAAAAAUGUUGGCCUUCAAAUAAUAUUCUCCACGACAUCUUUGAAGUGUGGUGACAGGUGAGAAAAUUUUGGCAGGCAAAAGAAUCAUUUGCACCAUAAAUGGCUUCCUGUUGACAGAAUUUUUUUUGCAAAACAAACAAAAUUUGCAAAUGGGGCCUUAGCAAAAUGAGAACAAGUAGUCUAAUUGUUUCUUACAGUUUUUGUGGUGUUCCUGCAGGUUUUCAUAGUCUAUCAAGAGUUUCAAGGGAAGAUAAACCUUUUCUGUUUCUUUAAUUUUUAAUAAACAGGUUGUGAAGGAAAGGGAUCACCUGCAGUCAGAAUAUAAUAAAGCAAGUCUGGCCAAAAGCAAAUUGGAAAGUCUUUGCCGUGAAUUACAACGUCACAGUAAACUUGUCAAGGUGAAGAAUGGUUAUGAAAUUCUAAGAGGAGAGUACUGAGGGCUUAAAAAUACCCAGUCUGGGAAUACUUUGUAAAUUAACUUUUCUUGCAGAGCAAUUAAGUAACUUUUUAAUACUAUUAAAUCAUGUUUAAUGUAGUUAACGACUAGGAGCUAUGGUCUCGGGUGUUUUUGGCAUUCUUUGGUAGCGUGUUGGUCGUCUGUAGCGUUGUUGCAUGACUGUUUGCGUUUGUAGCGGUUACCAUUGUUCGUGAGCAUGGGGGCAGAUUCCUGUCCAGCGGUAUGUCGCUUUGGCGCAUGCGGAGGCCAUGUGCCUACGUUGUGUUUGCGUUGUACUCGAAGCUUUGUUAGCGUGGCGUGGCGUGGCAUUCCAGUAGCGUAGCGUUUCUCUUGGUUCCCCUCCCUCCCUCCGCUUUUGUUCUUAUUUAUUUAUUUAGUUAUUUAUUCUUUCGGGGGUUGGUUCAUUUACUUCCACUGGGCUUCUGGCCUCAGUGUGACGGGUGCUAUAGUGGGGGGGCUGGGCGAGGGGGGCGCGUGGCUGGGUUGCGGGUUGGUAGGCCUGUGGGUGUUCUGCCGCCUUGGGGUGUAUUGCGGUUGCAGCCCCCUGGCCCAUGGGCACCCAACCUCCACUUGCGACGCAGGCGUUAAAUGUUCAUCUCACUUGCCCAGUGGGCAAGGGUCUAGGUAAGUCAUUACGUCAUUAUUAAGCAGAGCUGUUGUCCAAAGAAAAAGCUAGUAGAAUUCAAGUAUUUAUCAAGCCCUAGGGUUCCAUUUUUUAUUAAAUAAAUAUACCAGACAUACUAAUACAUGUAAUUUACAUUUUAUUACUUAACAACCAUAAUAAGACAUAAUGUAGCAGUGCCACAGUCAUAAAGGUAAUUUAUUUCUUUGAUUUUAUCAGCCUGAAGGUGAUUUAACUUUCUCCAUCUCAGGGAAAGAGUCACACCUAUCUUACCCUGCAAAUGCUCAGGUCUCUUGACCCCAAGCAUUAUCCACAUUUACCACAUUAUGGCCGGCUUACUAUUCUCCACCUCACAUUCAUUACAUGCAUUUAAUAUGGUUCCUUCCACAUGUGCGCUGUAAUUCAAGUAUUUCGUGUAAAUUUUUUUGCAUAAAACGUCUGAAUAACAGUUUUUUUAUUGGUGGUUCCUUUGACAGGAAGAGAGCCAAUUACGAAUCCAAGAAGAGGAAGCCAAGCGAAAGGAGCUUUCAGAAAAGUUUCAAACAACAAUCAAUGAUAUCUCAGAACAGAUGCAAGAAAAUUACAAGGCCAACCAACAGUUGAAGAAUGAGAACAAUGAGUUAGUAAAACAGCAUUUGUAAUAUUACUGACCUGUACUUUACACAUUGGAGGUGUGUGUGUCUUGAGUAGUUAACACCUUGAACUCUGGAUCUGGAGGUCCGGGGUUCAAGCCUUGCCAGUCGCGUUGUUUCCUUAGACAAGAAACUUUACUCCACUUUGUCUCUCUUCACCCAGGUGUAUAAAUGGGUAUCAGUGAUAUCUGUUGGGGUGUAACCCUCCGAUGGACUAGCAACCGGUCCAGGGGGAGUAGCAGUACUCCAAGGCAUGCUUCAUGCUAAUGAAACCAGGAUGAGCUCUGUCUGUUUGGGCCUUAGGCUCGUGGGUGCCUUUACUUUUUUUUGUGCUUUACACACUGGGAAUGUCUUUCCCUCUCUUGUUAUCAAUCCAAGCAUUAAUAUCAGACAUUCCAACUCUAAAAGAAGAAACUUGUUCUUUUUGGGUUGCCGUGACUCAACUGUCUUUUUUGUGUCUGCCAAGAACUGAAUUAAGUUUUCCUGGUACCAGACUCUCAUGAAAAAUUCAGUUCUACAGACAUUCUUCACUGUCUGGUCAACCCUGCUGGUUGAUCCAUUGUGCAUGAUUUUGUUUUUUGGCCCCAGAAAAGAAUCAGUAAUGAUUUUUCACAGUCCAUUUUGUUUUCUCAAGUAAUACUUCAACAGCUGGCUUUUCCAGUUUUUGUUUAAAACUGAUUUUACCCUUUACAGCCUGUAGCCCUUUAUUUACUAGCCCAGAAAUUGGGAUCUUUUUGUAAAUCACUGGGACAGGGGAUAGCAACUCAUUGGGAGACUCCUGAUCAAAUCAGGAGGGUUGGAAUCUUUGUUGUAUACCUAAUUCAAUAAAGAAUGCUUUGGCAAUUGGUCAUUGGCAAUUGGGCAUUUGGCAUUUGGCCUAAAGAACAAUGCAAUAAUUUGCUUGAGUGACCACAAAACAAUAGAUUCCCAGUGCCCAGUUACCAAAACCCAAAGCAACCUUUAUUGAAUCAACUAUAUCACAGAAUGUUUGAUUUCCAUGGUCUGUCUGCUACAAUAAUUAUUAUGCACAGUGAAGGUGAUGUUACACAGAACGAUUUGCAAUGACGAUUUUUAGCGCAACACAGCAUUGCAACAUUGUUCCAACAUUGCUACACUGUGUUGCGCUCAAAAUCAUUGUUGCGAGUCAUCUCAUGUAACAUACAUGUACCUUAAGAUUGUUUGAAGCUCCACGUUAAGACAAUCAACUGUCUGGCAAGUACAUUUGAUGAUCUUUUCUCACCCCCGGUUUUGGAGGAUACCUCUUGUUUGUUUUAGGGUCCUUUCAGAUGGGGAACCUGAUUACAAAUGGUGUGUAGGUGAUUGAAAUAACCCACUAACCUUCAGUAGAAAAAAAUAACCCAUCUGGGUCUUUGGCCUUCGUUUUGCAGACAACCUCUUUACAUGAACCUUGUGACUUUGUUAACGGUAUUAAAGUAGGCAAGUUUUAGAUUAUUGUUACUGUGUAGUUUUGGUGCUGGGUAUUUUUAAACAUUUUGAUGUUUAGCAAGUAACUUGUUGAUUUUACUGUUAUCUCUGUCUGUUUCAUUGUACAGUCUUGCUGCCAGACUUAAAGGACUAGUUGAGCAAUAUGAAGUUCGAGAGGAGGUAAAAUGAGUUUUAAAAACUAUGAUAAAAGUGAAUAAGUUUGUUUUGGUUAACCAUUUCACAAGCUGAGGUAACGUCAGUAUGGCAAAACUGAUUUACAACAUGCAUUAAUAUUAUUUACCGAGGAUGUAAUUAACAAAAUCCAAGGCAUACAGUUUUGAAAUAUUACUAUUACUUUUUGAUAUGAAUAGAUAUCAAUGAUUUAUUAUUUGUUUAUUUGCUACAUUUCGUACUUGUGCACACUGUUUUUGAAACAAUUAUGGUGAGGAUCAAAUUCUUAUUGUUCUUAUGACAUAAUUAUCGAUACAUAUUUUAUAACCUGCAUACAGACCUGUGGGAAAAGGAAACAUCUGCAAGCAGUAAUGCAACAUUCAACAAAGUUCAUAAUUUACAGCCCAUAAUGGAUGUAGAUUCAGCUGGAAUUCUAUUUGGGAAUUGCAAGCUAGUUACUUCAUUAUAAGUCUGCCUGAACUGAAGAAGGGGUUAGAGCAGUAUAAUUAUAAAUUUUCGUUUUUUUGUGUCGAAAUAGAACUAAAUUAUAGGGACAUAAAUACAUGUAACUUCUUUUUUUCCCUUAAAGCAUGUAGAAAAGGUAUUUAAACACAAGCAACUGGAGCUUCAGUUGGCAGAAGCAAAGAUGGCUCAGCAACAUUUGCAAUUUGAUGAAGACAAGAAAAAGACUUUGUCAGAAAAUCAAAUAGUAAGUAAUAAUUAUUCUUCGUGAGCCAGUUGUCAUUCAAAAGUUGGUUUCUCAGAAAAAGUUGGACGUGAAUCGCGUAGUCUCCACCGUCUCCCUUUUUGCAUUUCUUUUUAACAUAAAAAACUUGCUUGAUACAGUUGAAAUCGCCUGUGAGGGAUCCUUGGUUUCCGCCAGGUUUUUCUUCAUAAUUUUGUGUGUUUUUUUUUUCCUUUUGUACCGAACAGUGUCCGUAUUAUUUUAUUUUAUUUUUAUUUAUUUAUUAUUUUUUUCGCUCACCUAGUUGAUUAAACAAGCUUUUGUACCGAACAGUGUCUGUAUUAUUUUAUUUUAUUUUUAUUUAUUUAUUAUUUUUUUCACUCACCUAGUUGAUUAAACAAGCUCAAGAGUACAAGAAGCAGUGUGAACUUUUAACUAAACAAGAAACGGAGAUGAAAUCCCAGGUAACUAAUACCAAGAGAGAAGUACCUACCAGUUACAUUGCUUUUGUUAUUUACUUCCAAGAGCACUAUAAAUUAACAGUGGGAAGGGGAACUCAAGACUUUUAUCAUCUAUUUUUUUUUUACCUAACAAAACCCAUUAGAUAGAGAUCUGCAUUGGCUGUGGGUAUUCUAAUGUUUUUAGAAAAAUCUGCUGGUAGUCUCUUUCAAGUACAAGAGCACUUUCUGGUCAUUAUGAAGCAAAAAAUAAGAUUUUCCACUAUUCCCUUUCUAUGUGCUGAUACACUGUAGGUAAUAAGUGCAUCAGACUUUUGAACAGAUAAACAGCCUGCAUUGCAACAGAGAGCCCUGGCGCGCCUUGCAAAUCAAAUUAAUUUUACUUUCUACUUCUCCCUUUUACUGGAAUGUGUAUUUUCAUUGCAGCUGGCUAUGUAUGCAGAGAGAUUUGACGAAUUUCAGAAAACUCUUAACAAGAGCAAUGAAGUGUUUUCAACUUUUAAGAAAGAAAUGGAUAAGGUAACGGUUAAAAACAUUAAUUAAAAAAAACAUACUGUUUUACAUCAUAUACUUUAAAUAUGUGUACCUUAAUAGUCCUUUAGGUUAAUUGUUAUUGUUGUUGGGUCGUAAAUGUAAUUGCUAGCAAUGAAAGUAGCCUUUGAUACGCUUCGUACACAUGUAGGUUACGCGCACGACACGAUUCGCGUUUCGCGUUUCGCCUCUCUCGAGAGGGUAGCUGCCUACUUCGAGUGGAGCUUUGGAAAUGUAUGCCCUAUUUUUGCAUCCUACAAUCCUAAAUGUGCGUAAUUUUGUCCCUUUUUACUGAAAUAUUGCGGUGUUUUCUGACACGGCUCCUGCUGGUUGACUUUAACUUUAUUAGACUCGCGUGUGAACCCCCGACUUCUUUGGUAAUUUUAAAAUCUGAAUUCGAAUAUGCUAUUGAGCAAAGUGUAUCAAGUCGAUCACACGAUAUUUGCUGACGUCUGAUAUGAUGUGUUAACACUGAAAUUUUCAGUUUUAUCACCACGAUUAUACUGAUGUCUGCUUUCGAAUUGCGAAGGAAAAAGUGAGAACGUUGAAAAUUUGUUGGAAACAGUGCGCUAUCAUGACGUCAUACUAGGUUUUGUGAUGCAGCUCGCCCAGAGACUUUGGCGGGAAACAAUUUACUCGCUGUGUGACGCCGUGCCCUUAAAGUAGCCAAUGAGAGCACGUGUUGUUAAAUUAAUUAAUGGUAGUACUAGUUAAAGCGAAUAAGUUCUGUGGUUUUCUGAUAUGCUUGUUUUGAAUUGCUUCUUGCAGAUGACGAAGACGAUUAAGAAACUAGAAAAGGAACGAAAUACGUGGAAAUCAAAGUGCGAGAGCAGCAAUCACUCUUUAGUUCAAAUGGUGGACGAAGUGAGUGAAGUUAUUCACUUUUAACUGAGUAAACUCGUUCACUCCCAAGGGGUGCUUAUGUCGGCAAAUAACAGUCGGCCAUACGACAGUGUCCUACUAAAAUUUGCAAAUGUCCGAUAAAUCAUACUGAUCAUAAACCCAAGAUUAUCAUUUUAAGGCUGAUGAUGAUUUGCCUAGUAAUUAGAGAAAGGGUCAACAUACUGUCUGUCUGCCUGACCACUUUUCAGUUUUGUCUGGCUAUAAAGGUGACUGGUUCGACAUUUGUCCUUUCUAGAAAUGCUAAAUUAUUAUUCGCUUGCUUAUUGCUUGCACUUGAUAGGGAUUUUGACUUUACAAGGAUAUUUAUUGUUCGUUGAGUUUUCUAAUAUAGAUCUUUGCAAUUUUUUGUCUUCUUCUGCCAGCGCGAAAAGCUGAAGAACGAAGUUUCUGCACUACGUUCCAAGAAUGAAAAGCUUGAAAAUCUUUGCCGUGCCCUGCAUAAAGGAGCAAAAGAGACAAGCACAGAUAUCGAUCAGGUAUGAACGCUUAAAUCCGUAUUAAUUGUCAAUAUUCCUUUAGUUCCAAAACUUUACUAUCAGAGUAAAGAAGUGAUAAAGUCACGAAAACUAAAGUGUGGGAUGGUCAGAAAGAACAAGAUGAAAAAUACCUACUUGCAAUACCAAAAAUCAUUGGUUUACUGUAAACUGGUGGUGAGAUAUAAACGUCGUUAUCCCCUGAUAAAUCAUUACAAAUUAAUCCUUCUAAAAUUGGCGUGGAUCGUAAAGCGUACUAACCAAGUAAAAUUUAGAGGGAUUGUAUACAGUCAUAAGAGCUAUAUGUAACCACCAAUUUGCACUAACACGCUGAUUUUUGCGGGAAAUGGGCAAUUUUCUUCACUUUCUUUCUAAACAUCGCAAUCAAUCCCAUAAUUUCGCAAAUUCGAAUUUUUGAUUUUUUGUGACGUCACUUUUCUUUGCUGAGAUGAUGUAUUGGGCCGUGAAAUGGGUUUACAUAACUUAAGCCCCAGUUACAUCAGCAAAAUUCAUUUACAUGAAGAAGACUAAUGUUAAAAAUUCAUAUAUUUGAAUUGCGGACGGACGAUUUAAGAAAUAGGACUAUCACAGACAUCAAAGCUACAGUAAGACAGAUUUAGCAAAGACAACGCGACGUCAAAUGAUAACAUAAAAGCGCGCGAAAAGGAAUGAUCCUGACUUUCUCCCGCAUUCAGUGCCUUUGGUAAAGGAGGUCUCUUGUUGAACGCGUGCCGCCGUCACUCACUGUGGUAGCGUUGUCCUUGCAAAAUCUCGCUAUUUUAUAGUAUAAAAAUUAAACUUAAGAACGUUACUUGACUUUUUGAUGUUUCGAUCAUCAUUAUCAAGAGUGAGAAAUGUUAAGUUUCAUGGUGGUUAACCCUUUAAGUCCCAAUGGUGUCCAACAUCAAUUUUCUCCUAACCAUAUCCAUUGAUUGUCAAGAGAUUUGGUUAUGAGAAUUAAUAAAUUGAUCACCUAAGAGAAAAUGCUUUAAUCUUUCAUCAAAUUCUCUCAACUUAUUCUUUCAGAAAAUGUAUAGAGAUCAGUUUGGAGAAUUUGUAUGUGGAUAUUGGGGAUUAAAGGGUUAAAGAGUUCAAGCUCAAAUUUGUCGAUCGGGAGGCAUGAUGAAACAAUAUGGGGUUGAGAAGCCAACCCGGCUUACGGACGGUCCUUAAAAAAAUGCGGAAGUGAAUUCGAAUGCCAUGUUUACGAAAACGCUAUUUAUACAAGAACUCAAAUCGUCGCUGAACAUUCAACUGGACUCGAUUCGCCCGACAUCUACUUUAUAUUGUGAAGCAUGCACGAACGCAAUUCAAACUUCAACUCUUUUAACAACUUUGAAACUUCACAUUUCUCACUCUUGAUAAUGAUGUUCGAAACGUCGAGUAACGUUCUUAAGUUUAAUUUUUCCCGUUUGGUGAUAACGUCUAGAACAAAGUGAGGCUUAGAUUGGAUUCGAACCCCUGACCAUGCGAUACCCGGCGUUACAGCGCUUUGACCAACUGAGUUGUCAGUGAAGGUAACGGUAGCUGAAGACAAGAACGCCAUCAGAUCCUAUUUAAAUAAAACUAAUAAUGGUGAAAUGUUCGCGUUAAUUAAAGUUUUACCGCCGGACGUCAUAUUUUUUUUAAAAUAUUGCUCGCUCACAUUCACCUUUUGUUAGGAAACAGUGUAGCUGUUAAAUGUCAUGUGAUUUCGGAGCAGCUAGUAGGAGCGGAGGAAAAUUCAGCUUUUUACUGACGAAUAUUUUCAUUGUUCCACUAGACGAAGGGAGCUAAUGCUGCACAGAAAAGUAAUGAAAAGACUUCUUCGUGUCCUGUAGUUGAUAAAAACAGCGAAAGACGCGAGCUUAAUUCAAGCGCAGAAGCAGAUAUGAUUCAGAAUACACAAACUCAAGAAGCAUCACCACAAGAAGUAGAAAACGAAAACGGAGUACAUGACGAGGAAAACCAGCACUCAGAAGAAAGAUCCGAGGGUACUGGAAGCGUUGAAUCAGGAAAUAAUCCACAAGUUCCUCCUAAAGAAAACAGUAAUGAUUCCGAAGAUUUCCCGAGUAAUGCCGAUACACCGAGUAGUACCGAAGAAGACGCGCCCAAGUCGGAAAAUAAAUCGAAGGAAAAUGUUUCGAGCGUAACUGAAAAUUCGAAGAACGAAACUAGCACGCCUGAUGGCGAGGCAAGUUAGCUACAUUAUGGUCAUCUCUAGACUUAAACUUGUUAAAAUGCUUUGGGAUAUAAUUGUUAUUAGUCUUGUAAACUUUUUAUAAGUGUUUGAUAGUUAAAAUGUUAGUAAAUAUUAGUACUAAAAACUUUAAGUAAUUUUAAUAGCCUGUCUGGUGCUAUAAUCGUCUGGGUAUAAAAUAUGCUACUUUUGAUAGAAAGAACGGAAAAAUUGAUGUGUUCAGUACAGUGCGUGAUGUGCAAUUAUUAAGAACUCUGUCUCCCGCGGUGAACUUUGGGAAGAGUAGGACUUUCCGCCGUUUUCCCCUUGCCUUGUCCCCCGUGCGUCGACUUUCGAAUAAUUUGUUUCUCUGUGGAAGAAGGACUAAGGGUUGGAAGAUUUUUCGAAAUAUUUCGCGAAUAUUUUUCAUACCCAGAUGAUUUUACUAGAUACUGUAGACUAGUUUUCUAUGAGAUGCAGAAAUAUGUUUUGGAUGUUUUUAGAGUGAUGUAUUUUUAUCGGGAGUGGAUAAUUUUGGCCUGUUGCACUUAAUAAAGCAAAGCUAAGCACAUAGAAUGGAAUUUUUUCUGAUGAGCUGCGACGAACUGAAACCAAAGACACGCAAGCAUGCAUUUAAAGCACGCAAUCGCACGCAAUGGCCAGAUGAGAUUAUUUUCAACAGGCAGCGAACACAAACCGUGGACUACUAUAUGAUUUCAUUAAUGAAUUUUAAUAUGAGAAUUUUUUGCCCAAUUCUUUUCUUCAUAUUUUGACCGACAUUAGUGUUUGAUACAAAGAUCCUAUUGAUUUCAGCCUGGAUCGAACCCUAAACUCCUGGGAAGACCCAUAUAGACGCAACACUGACUGUAUCUGGGUUCAACAUAGUUAAGCCAAUGCUAGUAAUCCGGUAGAGGUCAGUAAUUUAAUAUUUGUUCGCCGCCGUUGGACCCAAGAGCAGGCG